AUGGGACGAAUAAGUUAUGUCAUGGUGGACGGACACGCUAGUGCACUCAUCGACGACCGCCAACCCAUGCAGGUUAAAUAUCGAUGUGGAGCGGCUGUGGCGGUGAUGCUGCUCAACGCGUCAGCGUGUACGGCGUGCACCAUGCCAUGGACUCUUGCACUUGAGACGCAGUCAAUGGAGCGCAUGUCGCCAAUGUGCAGUCCAUCGCCGUCGCGCGGAGAAGGGACGGGUGCAUCGUUGGAGGCGGCCCCAAGAAGUCAAAGUCGUCGUCCACGAUGGUGUUGCCGACAUCGCUGUAUUCAUCGUCGCCGCCUACUGCCGCCGCGAGUAGUGCUACCUCGUGCGAGGACAUGA